AUGACUGGGAAUCUGAUCACAUUUCACCGUUUGGUGCUGUGCAUCACCUUGCUAUUAUUCUGGCGCACCAGGUCAGUAACUGCAGACUCCUCGACAGAUGCCUUCAAAAACAACAUCACCCUCUUCACACGCAUCCUCGACCGAUUGCUGGAUGGUUAUGAUAAUCGGCUCAGACCUGGAUUAGGAGAUCGGGUCACCACUGUGAAGACUGAUAUCUACGUCACCAGCUUUGGGCCUGUUUCAGAUACUGAUAUGGAAUACACAAUAGAUGUGUUCUUCAGACAGAGCUGGAAGGAUGAGAGGUUGAAAUUUGAGGGACCAAUGAACAUCCUGCGCCUUAACAACCUGAUGGCCAGCAAAAUCUGGACUCCAGAUACGUUCUUUCAUAAUGGAAAAAAAUCGGUGGCACACAACAUGACCAUGCCUAAUAAGCUUCUGCGCAUCCAGGAUGAUGGCACACUGCUUUAUACCAUGAGGUUGACGGUGCAUGCCGAGUGUCCAAUGCAUCUUGAAGAUUUUCCCAUGGAUUUUCACUCCUGUCCUCUUAAAUUUGGCAGCUAUGCGUACACGACGACAGAAGUGACAUACACCUGGACAAAGAAUGCCACAAACUCAGUAGUGGUAGAAGAGGAGAGCUCCCGAUUAAACCAGUAUGAUCUACUGGGACAGACUGUAGGCAAUGAGACCAUCCGAUCCAGCACUGGUGAGUAUGCAGUGAUGACGGCUCACUUCCACCUAAAGAGGAAGAUUGGUUACUUUGUGAUUCAGACGUACCUACCGUGCAUCAUGACCGUCAUCCUGUCCCAGGUCUCCUUUUGGCUAAAUCGUGAGUCAGUGCCUGCCAGGACUGUGUUUGGUGUGACAACUGUACUGACCAUGACCACUCUGAGUAUCAGUGCCCGCAACUCCCUGCCUAAAGUAGCCUAUGCCACUGCCAUGGACUGGUUUAUUGCCGUGUGCUACGCGUUUGUCUUCUCCGCCCUCAUUGAAUUUGCAACAGUCAACUACUUCACGAAGCGCGGCUGGGCCUGGGACGGCAAGAGUGUGGUCUUUGACAAGAAGAAGGAAAAAGCCUCAGUGAUUAAGAAGAAUAAUGCAUAUGCUGUGGCCGUGGCUAACUACGCUCCCAACAUCACCAAAGACUCCGUCCUCCCCACUAUUGCUAAAGGCGGAGUGACCGAUCCAGGCAAAGCCAAAUCCGAGAGCAAACCAGUAGAGAACAAGAAAACCUUCAACAGCGUGAGCAAGAUCGACCGCAUGUCCCGCAUAAUGUUCCCCGUGCUCUUCGGUAGCUUUAACCUGGUCUACUGGGCCACCUAUUUAAACAGAGAACCGGUUAUCAAGGACAUGGUCCCUUCCAACUAGUCAUGCUGUGUAGUAGCGCUCAAGAUCCAGGACUAAAAAGGAAGCCAAAAAAACUCCAGGGACUCCAUUACGCUCAUUUCCACACACAAGCAGUUUAACGCUAUCCAGCCGCCAAGCUGUGGAUCGUUGAUUGUCUCUGCUCUCUUUUCUACACUGUUUUCUGCUGUGCUUUUGAAAUGAUCAAUUAUAUAAAUAUGUAUUUCUGCCUAAAAGUAUAUGCUGUAUAUGUUUGUUAUUUUAAUAUGGCUGUUCUUGUUGGGUUUGGUGUGUUUUUGUUUUGCAGUUUUGUGAACGUUUCUGUUUUGUGAGUGUAAGUUCUAAUGAAAAAAAAACUUUGACCUUU